GUUUAAUAUAAAAUUUUUUAAAUAUAUUAGAUUUUCAAAAUUAGAAGACAUUUCCUCUUGAUCGUCAUUUUGCACCACAGAAAAAAUUCAGAUCUCGGUCCAUGCGCGCCUCAGCCUCCUUUCUCAAAUUGAAGAAAAUACAUCCAGGCAAAUAUUUCGGAAAAGUUGAUUUAUAAUAUGAUUAAAAGAAAAUACAAUUCCUCAACUAACGCAUUUGAUGGACGCCACCUCAAAUAGUGUAAAAUUCCCCCAAAAUUUAUCCCAGAAAAAAUCAAAAUGAUGUUAGGACGUAAGCAGAGUUUGAAGGGGGAACCAAUUUUGGCAGAUUAUGGACCAGACGAGGCUUUCAACGAGAGUGCAGACAUUGAAUGGGUAAAUAAGAGAUGGGUACGUCGUUUGAUGAGAACUUGCGCACUUUUAAGCCUUGCCUCUGUAAGUUGUAACACUCCAAAAACAUUUGAAAAAUUUCAUUUUAUGCAAACAACCACUUUUUCUGUUGAUGCCAUUGUUACUAUUCUUUUUACGUCUGAAAUGAUAGCCAAAAUGCACAUUAGGGGGAUUCUAAAGGGAGACAGACCUUACUUAAAAGAUCAUUGGUGCCAGUUCGAUGCCAGCAUGGUAUUUUUUUUGUGGAUAUCAGUCAUUUUACAGGUUUUCGAAAUGGUUAGCAUUGUUCCAAGAUUUAGUUAUCUCUCAAUAUUAAGAGCACCUCGGCCGUUAAUAAUGAUCAGAUUUUUGAGGGUAUUUCUCAAAUUCUCAAUGCCAAAAUCCAGAAUAAAUCAAAUAUUUAAGCGGUCCAGUCAGCAAAUUUAUAAUGUUACUCUGUUCUUCUUAUUUUUUAUGUCACUUUAUGGUUUAUUAGGAGUGCAAUUUUUUGGAGAAUUAAAAAAUCACUGUGUCACUGUCAACACCACUGAACCAAAGGACAUUACCAUAAACAGCCUUGCAAUUCCUGAUACCUACUGCUCUUUAGAUCCUUCCUCAGGAUAUCAGUGUCCUACUGGAAUGAAAUGCAUGAAGCUCGAAGGAGUUUCUCGGUAUAUUAUCGGAUUUAACGGAUUCGAUGAAUUCGUAACAAGUUUCUUCACAGUUUAUCAAGCAGCGUCUCAAGAAGGAUGGGUUUUUAUAAUGUAUAGAGCAAUCGACUCUUUACCUGGUUGGAGGGCAGUUUUAUAUUUUAGCACGAUGAUAUUUUUUCUAGCUUGGUUGGUCAAGAAUGUCUUCAUUGCUGUUAUUACAGAAACUUUUAACGAAAUCCGGGUUCAAUUCCAGCAAAUGUGGGGUAUAAGAGGUCAUAUUCAAAACAGUAGCGCCUCGCAGAUUCUGAUGGGAGACGAUAGGGGUUGGAGAUUGGUAACUUUAGAUGAGAAUAAACAUGGUGGUAUAGCACCGGAAUUUUGUCAUAAAAUAUUAAGAUCUCCCCAUUUUCGUUUGAUAGUGAUGUGCGUGAUUCUCGCCAAUGGCAUAGUAACCGCGACAAUGCGUUUCCAACAUGAUGAAAGACCUAGGCAAGUUUUUUACGAAAAUUAUUACUACAUAGAACUUGGUUUUACUGCCUUAUUAAAUUUGGAAACCUUGUUUAAGACUUGGUGCUUAGGAUGGAGAGGAUAUUGGAAACAUUCCAUUCAUAAAUUUGAACUACUGCUAGCCGUUGGUACGACCAUACACGUUAUACCGGGGUUUUACAUGACAGGAUUCACCUAUUUUCAAGUAUUGCGUGUCGUUAGAUUAAUUAAAGCUUCUCCAUUAUUAGAAGAUUUCGUUUACAAAAUUUUCGGUCCCGGUAAAAAGCUGGGAAGUCUAAUUAUUUUUACCAUGUGCUUAUUGAUAAUUUCGUCUAGUAUUUCGAUGCAGUUGUUUUGCUUUUUGGAUUUUGCUAAAUUUGAAACGUUCGCUGAAGCAUUUAUGUCUAUGUUUCAAAUACUAACGCAGGAAGCUUGGGUGGAAGUUAUGGAUGAAACAAUGUUAAGGACAAGAUCUAUGCUGGCACCAUUGGUUGCUGUUUAUUUCAUUUUGUACCAUUUGUUUGUAACGCUGAUCGUGUUGAGUUUGUUCGUAGCAGUCAUUUUGGAUAAUUUGGAAUUGGAUGAAGAUAUAAAAAAGUUAAAGCAGCUUAAAUAUAGAGAACAAAGUGCAGAAAUUAAAGAAACUUUACCGUUUCGACUGAGAAUUUUUGAAAAAUUUCCAGACAGUCCCUUGAUGGUCACUCUGCAUAAAGUACCAUCUGACUUUAACCUACCAAAGGUGAGGGAAAGUUUUAUGAGACAGUUUGUUUAUGAAACGGAAGACGAUGAAAAUUCUGAGGGUGGUAUUAAAAAAAUGUGCGAAGAAGUUUUCGAUACCAAAGUGAUUUAUAGAAAACAAAAACCGUUGAAGAUUUUAAACAAUUUAACUAAAGUUAGGGUAGUUAACUUGAAACUUAAAAAAACCGCCGUGGCUCAGAUAGUUAAUGAUUCCAAUAACCAGAGACUGAUGUUGGGCGAUUCUUCGAUGAUUCCAGUACCUGGGAGUAAGGGACCAUUAAAACCGCAAGGAACAGUAAACAGUAUGAAACAGUUUGGUUCGAGAUCGAUUCGAAGAAGUGUAAGAAGUGGCUCUAUAAAAUUGAAGCAAACUUACGAGCACUUAAUGGAGAAUGGAGAUAUAGGUGUUAAUAGAGUUACAUCAAACAGAGCCAGACCGCAUGAUUUGGAUAUUAAAUUAUUGCAAGCCAAAAGACAACAAGCCGAAAUGAGAAGGAAUCAGCGUGAAGAAGAUUUGAGGGAGAAUCAUCCAUUUUUCGAUACACCCCUUUUUGCUGUACCAAGAGAAAGCAAAUUUAGGAAAUUUUGUCAAAUGAUCGUUUAUGCGCGUUACGAUGCCAGAUUAAAGGACCCCCUUACAGGAAAAGAAAGAAAAGUGCAAUACAAAACGUUACAUAACUUUUUAGGUCUGGUAACUUAUCUAGAUUGGGUGAUGAUAACAAUGACGACGUUGUCAUGUUUAUCCAUGAUGUUCGAAACACCCUCUUAUAGAGUCAUGGAAAACGUCAGUUUACAAAUAGCCGAAUACAGUUUCGUCAUAUUUAUGAGUAUUGAACUCGCCUUGAAAAUUCUAGCAGACGGUUUAUUUUUCACCCCUAAAGCCUACGUCAAAGAUGUAGCAGCUUUACUCGAUGUCUUCAUAUAUGUGGUAAACUUAACAUUUCUCUGUUGGAUGCCAAAAAGUGUCCCCCCUAAUUCCGGAGCUCAACUCCUCAUGAUACUACGCUGUCUCCGACCUUUGAGGAUAUUUACUCUGGUACCACAUAUGAGUAAAGUAGUUUACGAGCUCUGUAGAGGCUUCAAAGAGAUUCUACUCGUAUCCACUCUUCUCAUUCUGUUAAUGUUCAUUUUCGCCAGUUUUGGAGUACAGUUGUAUGGUGGAAGAUUGGCGCGUUGUAACGAUCCGAAUAUCACAAAUAGGGAGGAUUGCGUCGGAAUGUUUAUGAGGAGGGUGUUUGUAACUAAAAUGAAGGUACAACCAGGGGAGAACGAAACUUUUCCAGCUAUAAUGGUGCCUAGAGUUUGGGCGAAUCCGAGAAGAUUCAAUUUCGAUAACAUAGGAGACGCCAUGUUGACCCUCUUUGAAGUACUUUCUUUUAAAGGGUGGUUGGAUGUAAGAGAUAUUCUUAUCAAAAAUUUGGGACCCGUUCAUGCAAUAUACAUUCACAUUUAUAUAUUUCUGGGUUGUAUGAUCGGCUUAACGUUAUUUGUUGGUGUUGUAAUUGCAAAUUAUUCCGAAAAUAAAGGAACCGCUCUGUUAACUGUGGAUCAAAGAAGAUGGUGCGACCUUAAAAAGAGACUAAAAAUCGCUCAACCGUUACACUUACCUCCCAGACCAGACGGAAAGAAAUUUAGGGCUUUCAUAUACGACAUCACUCAAAAUAUCAAAUUCAAAAGAUGUGUGGCGUUUAUGGUUUUGAUAAAUAGUGCACUUUUAAGCGUUACGUGGAACAAAGAAGAUGCUCAUACGGAAAUAUUAGCAACUGUUGAUAUAAUAUGUACGCUCGUUUUUGUGGUAGAAGUGGUUAUGAAAAAUAUCGCUUUCACACCUCGUGGAUACUUACAAUCGAGAAGAAACAGAUACGAUUUAUUCGUAACUGUCAUGGGAGUUAUAUGGAUGUUCUUUCAUUGUAUGUUCAAGAACGAUCUGACAUAUUUUGUUGGUUUCAUGGUAGUAAUUCUCCGAUUUUUCACCAUAACGGGAAAACAUGCGACUCUAAAAAUGUUGAUGCUAACAGUCGGUGUGUCGGUCUGCAAAAGUUUUUUCAUCAUUUUCGGAAUGUUUUUGCUGGUAUUUUUCUACGCAUUAGCCGGAACAAUAAUAUUUGGUACUGUUAAGUACGGAGAAGGUAUUGGAAGGAGAGCUAAUUUCGAAUCUCCUGUAACCGGCGUUGCAAUGCUAUUUAGAAUAGUAACAGGCGAAGAUUGGAACAAGAUAAUGCACGAUUGUAUGAUACAACCACCAUUUUGUACACCUGCCGAUAACUAUUGGCAAACAGAUUGCGGCAAUUUUUAUGGGUCUUUAAUUUAUUUCUGCACAUUUUACGUCAUUAUAACAUAUAUAGUUCUCAAUUUAUUGGUGGCUAUUAUAAUGGAGAACUUUUCCUUAUUUUACUCCAACGAAGAAGACGCUCUUUUGUCGUACGCAGAUAUAAGAAAUUUCCAGAAUACUUGGAAUGUUGUUGAUAUCCAUCAACGGGGUGUUAUCCCAGUGCGAAGGGUUAAAUUUAUAUUAAGACUGUUAAAAGGUAGAUUGGAAGUUGAUCCACAGAAAGAUAGACUUUUGUUUAAACAUAUGUGUUACGAAUUGGAAAGACUUCAUAACGGAGAAGAUGUUACUUUCCAUGAUGUUAUAAACAUGUUAUCAUAUCGAUCUGUCGAUAUAAGGAAAGCGUUACAGUUAGAAGAGUUAUUAGCUAGAGAAGAAUUUGAAUAUAUUAUAGAAGAAGAAGUGGCCAAACAAACAAUUCGUACGUGGUUAGAAGGAUGUUUGAAAAAAAUAAGGUCGACAAGUAAACAACAAAAUAGUUUGAUAGCAGGUUUGAGAGCUACUAAUGAAGCAUUAUCGAUGCCUGAUCCGGCCGAAGAAAAUAAAUCCGCUAGUCCAGAACGAGAAAAUGAAACAGAUGCGAAUAAAGAAAACGAAGCGAAGAAACAAAAAGCUGCAAAUCUUCCUAGAUCGGACAGCAUAGGUAGCAGUUCGGGUCGUAAGUUUCUGGCUCCUACGUUAUCCGAUCCUUCAGCAAGGCAAGAGAAAGAGAGGAUCGCACCGAAAAAGAAAAAUAGUCGGUCAUCUGCGACAGUUAAUAAAAAUUUGUCUCAUUUAAAUGAUUCAGAGAACCGUAUGCCGAGGGAAGUUUUUACUAGCAAGACAACUGUGCCGAAAGCGAAUAAUACUUUACAUGAAAUCAGAGACUGGUGGAAUGAACAAUUAGCUUAUGUUUCGUCUAGCGAUGAAGAAUAGAUGUGAAUUUUUUCUUGGAUUUGCUCUUUUAAGUAGAAUUUUUUUUACAUAAAUAUUGUAUUGUUAUUUACUAGAAAUAAAUAUUUAUGGAAAUAAA